AUGGCAUCCAACCAGGCACCGCAUUCACAGGUGCCAUACCAGGCCUCACUCCAGUCUUCCACAGCCAGCGCGCAGGAGUCAUCCUCCUCUCUGCUCAACAGCACCGCUCACUCUCCUCCCUCAAAGCGAGACCUGGCUGGGUGGUGGAGGCAGUUCAAGAGAAGCACAAAGAAGGAUGGAUCAGUGCUAGCCCCUCAGACGCCCUCUGGAAUAUUUGGAAUCCCGCUGAACGUGAGCAUCAAGUAUGCCAACGUGGCUAUAUCUCUUACUGGUGACGAUGGGAAGAGCUUCAUCUACGGCUAUGUUCCGAUAGUAGUGGCAAAAUGCGGGGUCUUCUUGAAGGAAAAAGCGACCGACGUAGAAGGCAUCUUCAGAUUAAGUGGCUCUGCAAAGCGCAUCAAAGAUCUUCAGGAAAUAUUCAACUCGCCCGAUCGCUUUGGAAAGGGACUAGACUGGACUGGAUAUACCGUUCACGAUGCAGCCAACGUUCUUCGCCGCUACCUCAACCAGCUCCCAGAACCGAUCGUGCCCCUGGAAUUCUACGAGCGCUUCAGGGACCCGCUGAGACACCGACAGGGAAGGCCGGACGGCGAAGAGGCUGCCAUCCAGGUAGACAAGGAACAUGGAUUUGACAGGGAUGCAGCAGUCGCAACAUAUCAACAGCUGAUCAAGGAGCUGCCGCCGCUGAACCGACAGCUGCUUCUAUACAUCCUUGACCUGUUGACCGUCUUCGCGUCCAAAUCUGACCUCAACCGUAUGACCGCCGCCAACCUCGCAGCCAUCUUCCAGCCCGGCAUGCUCUCUCACCCGUCCCACGACAUGUCUCCACAAGAAUACAAGCUGAGCCAGGACGUCAUGGUUUUCCUGAUUGAGAACCAAGAUAACUUCCUGUUCGGCAUGACAGGUACCGCUGCAGAUGCGCAGACUGUCAAAAACAUACAGGGAGGCAUGUACCCCCAGCUUCAAAAGACUACCAUCAGACGCUCUGCAUCCAACGCCAGUGGAGGCGCAGACAGCCUGAGGAAAUACGAAGCCCUCCGCAGGAACAUGUCAGUCUCCUCGCGACACUCGAGAAACUCCAACGGAAACGUCGCAAGCCCGACGACGCCCACCUCCAACACGAUGGGCGGAGGUAGCAUCGGCAUUCAUCGCAGCAACACCGUCCCCUCGAAGAGAGCAGGUGGAUUCUCGCCGCCAAACACGUUUACUCGACAGCAGCCCCCAUCUACACCACCGUCUGCCAACCUGUCUCCCGCCUCGCACUCUUUGCAGGCUUCGAGAUCUCCUAGCAGAUCUCCUCAACCUCAUACGCAUGACACUUCUAGAUUGGUCGAGCAGCCUGAGACCCCAUUGCAGCAGCCCGAGAGCAGUCCCUUCGUGGCCAAGGCUGAACAUUUAGCUCCUGUUGCUGCUAUUGAUGCUACCCAGAUUCCUUUGCCUGCCGAUGUCGAGCCUACCCAGCCAGAACAGCCUACACAGGACCAGCCAGUUGGUCAGGUCGGUCAAGUUAAUCAGUCCUCUCAAUCCGUUCUGCCUGUUCAGCGAGCUCAACGACCGAUGCAUAUCGACGCUCCGCCUCCACCUCCAAUGGACGCCGCGACGCCCAAACCGGCCACCACUCCUACCAAGGAGCGCAAGCUAGCUUCUCUAUUCGCGUGGACCAGUCCUCCCAGCGAUAAGAGAGAAGACAGACAGACAAACAAGUUAAAGAAGAAGCGACGCAUUCCUGGAAGCGCGAGCGAAAGUGCUCAGAGCUCUACCGCGUCUCUCCCAGGCGGAUCGGAUGAGACUCCAAUGAAGCCAAUAACCUCUCAACCAUUAAGCCCUCAGACGAUGUCUUCCAACCUCACUUCCAACUCAGAUGGAACCCCAUUCGUCGACGAAUCUCAUGUCUCUACUCCCAAGGUGUCGAACCCCGUAUCCCCUCCUCCCCCAGCGACCCAGCCAUCACCUACUUCUACACCUUCUCAAAGCCAGACAAGCCUGGAAGUGAAUCCCUCCUCACAGCAUCAUCAUCAUUCUCUCACAGAGCGCAUGCUACGGCCACCUCGCUCGCGUACCCCGUCUCCAAACUCGUACUCUGUGACAGACACCUCGGAUCUCGAUGAAUCUUCCAAGGGUGAUAAGAAGGAGAAGCGACGGAGUUGGCGAUUCCAUCUGACUGGCAAGAAGUCCGAGGAUUAA